UCUUUGUGGAUGGGCACUGGCUGCACCGUGGAGGAAAACGUGCACGCUACAUGCAUACCGUGUGUUGUGAUCAUUGACAAACAAACCGACCCAACGCUUAAAGAAACUCUCGGCUGUUUUAAAUAUAAAUAUCAGGAUUCACAAAGGGGACGCCGCAUGCACGCAUGCAGAUGUGUGUGUGUGUGAGAGUACAGAUAUUUGGAGGUGUCGAGGUUUUCGAGGAAUUCAAAAGUGGACUGAUGGAGCUGCUGGCAAACUGAGGGCUGGGCUGGGACUUCCUGCAUUGUUGCAUGUAUACUGGGAUGGAAUAAUUUCCCUCUUCAUUCAUCAAAGAAAUAAUUAAUAAUUAUUUUUACUCAAUGGUACUUGAAGGCAGAGAGAUGGACGGCCUCGGGAACACCAUGCAGAAGAAGGCUGCGGAGCUGGAGCGGCUGGCCGAGGUGCUCGUCACCGGAGAACAGCUGAGGCUGCGGCUCCACGAGGCGAAGGUGAUCAAAGAUCGGCGGCACCACCUGCGGACUUACCCAAACUGCUUUGUGGCCAAGGAGCUCAUUGAUUGGCUGAUCGAACACAAGGAGGCCUCAGACCGAGAAACCGCCAUCAAGAUCAUGCAGAAACUUUUAGACCAGAGCAUCAUUCACCACGUGUGUGACGAGCACCGGGAGUUCAAAGACCUGAAGCUGUUCUACCGCUUCCGGAAAGAUGACGGCACGUUCCCAUUGGACAGUGAAGCCAAAGUCUUCAUGAGGGGGCAGAGGAUCUAUGAAAAGUUGAUGAACACAGAAAACAGCCUAUUACAAACCAGGGAGGAGGAGGGCGGGACAUUUGAGCGGGCGCUUCUGGCCUCUGAGUUCAUCGACUGGCUGCUGCAAGAGGGGGAGAUGGCAACCAGGGACGAGGCAGAGCGGCUGGGACGGAGGCUUCUUGAACAUGGCAUCAUCCAGCACGUCACCAACAAGCAUCACUUUGCCGACGGACCCCUCCUCUACCAGUUCAGGAUGAAUUUCCGGCGACGACGGCGGUUGAUCGAACUUCUUCACGAGCGCAGCCGCUGCAUCCCCGAGAGUCACGACAGCCCCUUCUGUCUCCGCAAACAGAACUCCGAUGGAGGCAACACCAGCUUCCUCUCAGUGAGUCCCACUAAAGAGAUUAAAGUUGCGGUCGGAGUCCGGCGGAGCAGCUUGAGCAGCAGCUGUGGCAGCAGCGGUUAUUACAGCAGCAGUCCAACGCUCAGCAGCAGUCCACCUGUCCUUUGCAACCCCAAGUCUGUUCUGAAAAGACAAGUGAGUCCAGAGGAGCUGCAGACACCAGGAGGACCUUUUAUAAAGAAGACAUUCACUAUCGUAGGUGAUGCUGUGGGCUGGGGCUUUGUGGUGCGAGGCAGCAAACCCUGUCACAUCCAGGCCGUGGACCCUGGAGGACCUGCGGCCGCUGCUGGCAUGAAGGUGUGUCACUUUGUGGUGUCGGUGAACGGACUGAAUGUGCUCUCUCACGACUACCGGACCGUCAGCAGCCUGAUCCUAACCGGACCAAGGACAAUCGUCAUGGAGGUGAUGGAGGAGGCAUAAGUUGAAGGAGAGCUGCAACAGAAUUCCUCAUAGCUGAGUAGAAGGUUUAGUACUUGACCUCAAAACCACAGUGACAACAACAACAACGUGGACGUCUUGAAACGCAACUCCCACUCUCUCUGUUCCAACAUUGUUUGAACAAGGCGGACGACUGCGAGACGCAGUGUGUUUAAGAAUGUGUGUAAUCAAGCCAAGAUAAAGAUUCAACCUGUAGACCAAACA